GGGGUUCUAUGGGGUUCUAGCAUACGUCAAAACCGCCGCCAUCUUGGAACAGGGGUCUUGUCAUAGGAAGUCGCUAGGUAACGCUGCUAUCUCCGCCUAUACUGCGAACUCAUGGACGAUGCCGGACUUCUGUGCUGCAUAUCGAUGUUCAAACGAAAGAAAUAUAAAAACCAAACAGCAAGGGAUUACAUUUCACAAAUUCCCAAGCGAUAAACAGAGACGUCAGUCAUGGACAUUAGCACUCAGGAGAGAGGGAUUCGAGCCAAAAGGCCGCACCUUACUGUGCAGCUGUCAUUUUCGGCCUGAAGAUUUUGACAGGACUGGGCAGACUAUCCGUUUACGGCAAGGAGCGACCCCGUCCAUUUUUAACUUUUCUGAUCAUCUUUCAAAACAGCCUAGUUCAUCCAGGUUAAGCAGAACGUCAAACAAAGCAACUGAUCAGUCAGUCUUAGAUCAUACGUAUGCCUUUGACCCAGUUAAAGCAAAAGAGAAGUUGGCUGUGUCUCAGGAGAAGGUGGAGAAGUUACAACGGGACGUGAGAAAUGCGAAGGACAGAAGAAAAAAGAAGACGGUGGGCUCCUUGUUGGAGGAUUUAGAAAAAAAUCUUCUAAUGGAGUCAGCAGAGGUUUGCAUGACAUCAGAAGUGGGGACAUCAGACUGUAAGGAAUUUGUAGUCCCCAUCGCUGUGGAUCAACAGAAGCCAAUAAAAAAAGAAGAACUUGAAGAUGAGGGCUUUCUCUAUGGAGUUUCAUCAAGCCCUGUGGGACGUGUCGAUACCGCUGACCAACAGACUGGAGGAUUUCAGAGGAAACCUGUAAAAGAGGAAGAACCUGAAGAUGACGAGUUCCUCUACUGUGAUGACUCCGGAUCCGACUUCAUCAACAAGUGUGAGGUUCAUAGUCCUGCACUUUUUAUCUCUGAUACCCCUGUUACUGAGGUUUGCACGACUUCAGAACUCUCCACAUCAGACUGUAAGGAAUUUGUAGUCCCAAUCGCUGUGGAUCAACAGAAGCCAAUAAAAAAAGAAGAACUUGAAGAUGAGGGCUUUCUCUAUGCUGACCAACAGACUGGAGGAUUCCAGAGGAGUCCUAUGAAAGAGGAAGAACAUGAAGAUGAUGAGUUCCUCUAUUGUGAGGACUGCAAAUCCUACUUCAUCAACAAGUGUGAGGUUCAUGGUCCUGCUCUUUUUAUCUCUGAUACCCCUGUUCCUCUGGGGAUUGCAGACCGUGCAAUACAAACUCUUCCGCCCGGUCUAGAGGUUCGGAAGUCUGACGUUCCUGAUGCAGGCCUGGGGGUGUUUAAUAAGGGGGACACUAUUCCACUUGGUGCACACUUUGGGCCCUAUGAAGGAGACCUGGUGGACAAAGAGGAAGCCAUGAAUAGUGGCUAUUCUUGGGUGAUAUUCAGGAGCAGUCAGUGUGAGAAAUACAUAGAUGGUCAGAGAGAGAUGCAUUCAAACUGGAUGAGGUAUGUGAAUUGUGCUCGUAAUGAAGAAGAACAGAAUCUUGUGGCUUUCCAGUAUCGAGGAGGCAUUCUCUAUCGUUGCUGUCAACCCAUCAAACCAGGACAAGAACUCUUGAUGUGGUACAAAGAUGACUACGGAAAAAACCUUGGCCUUGUGUUCGACUCCCUCUGGAAGAAAAAAUGCUCCUCAAAAGACAUGAACGAUGACCCGCUGCAACUUUUCUCCUGCACCUGCUGUCAGCUUUCGUACACUUAUCAGUUUGAUCUGGACAGUCACAUAAGGAGAAGCCACUCAGAGGAAUAUACGAGAUGGCUGAGAUCAAGUGGAAAUAAAAAUGUUGUGACCAUAAGAAGCUCCAAUAUCCAGCAAACAUAUUCUGAUAAACUUCACACUAAUAGACAAAGACAGAAGGAAACCUUUAACUGCUCAAAAUGUGGGAAGGAUUUUAUUUCGGUGUGUAAGCUCAGUAAGCACCAGUGUGUCUACACGAGAGAAAAGCCGUAUUCCUGCACGCAGUGCGGAAAGAGGUUUACUCACCAGCGGAAUCUCGGACAGCACCUGCGCAUUCACACGGGAGAGAAACCGUAUUACUGCCCGCAUUGUGGAAAGAGUUUUAAUAACGGGAGUAAUUACAGACAGCACCAGCGCAUCCACACGGGAGAGAAGCCGUAUCACUGUAGACAAUGUGGAAAGAGCUUUACUAACCACUGUCAUCUCCGACAGCAUCAGCAAAUCCACACAGGAGAGAAGCCGUAUCGCUGCUCACAGUGUGGGAAGAGCUUUAAUCAACAGAGAUAUCUCGAAAGACACCAGAGGAUUCACACGGGAGAGAAGCCGUAUUACUGCUCAGAGUGCGGGAAGAGUUUCAGUCGACAAAGUCAUUUCCAAACACACGAGCGCGUUCACACAGGAGAGAAACCGUAACUCUGCUCACAGUGAGAACAGAGAUUCACUUCUCUAAAUUCAUUUAACACACAAGUGUGUCAAAGUCCAGACAAUUUAAAGUAGAUCAUAAUUAGCAAAGAUUAAUUAUAUCAAUGGGGGCACGGUGGCUUAGUGGUUAGCACGUUCGCCUCACACCUCCAGGGGGUUCGAUUCCCGCCUCCGCCUUGUGUGUGGAGUUUACAUGUUCUCCCCGUGCCUCGGGGGUUUCCUCCGGGUACUCCGGUUUCCUCCCCCGGUCCAAAGACAUGCAUGGUAGGUUGAUUGGCAUCUCUGGAAAAUUAUCCGUAGUGUGUGAUUUUGUGAGUGAAUGAGUGUGUGUGUGUGCCCUGCGAUGGGUUGGCACUCCGCCCAGGGUGUAUCCUGCCUUGAUGCCCGAUGACGCCUGAGAUAGUCACAGGCUCCCCGUGACCCGAGGUAGUUCGGAUAAGCGGUAGAAGAUGAAUGAAUGAAUGAAUAAUUAUAUCAAUGUAUAUUUUAGCUAUAUGAUCUCAAAAUAGCUACACAAUUUUUACAGAGAAACAAAUUUAUAAGACAAGUCCUUUAGAAGCUGUGAAACAGUGAGCGUCUGAGGCUGUAGUCAUGAACAUAAUUGAUAUAUGAAAUGGUUGACGAGUGUAAACGUGUUCUUCUUUUUUUCAAACCGAGUUCCUUGAGUUCAUUGUUUGCAGCUAAUUAAUGUUAAAGCUGAAUGAUUUAAAUAAAGUACCAAAAACACUGA